AACGAGGGUAGCCACCGCCCACGCCACCGCCGCCCCCGCCCCCGCCCCGGAAGCUUCCCGAACCGCCGCCCCCCGACGAGGCGAGGCGAUACAAGAGGGAUCCGGCUCCGGCGGGAAGGUUCCAAGCGCGAUGGGAGUCCCGGCCUUCUACAGGUGGCUGGCGGACCGCUACCCACAGACGGUGUCGGACGCGGAGGAGGAGGAGCCGGUGGAGCUCGAGCCGGGGGCCUUCGUCCCCGUCGACCUCCGCCGCCCCAACCCCAACGGCAUCGAGUUCGACAACCUCUACCUCGACAUGAACGGCAUCAUCCACCCCUGCUUCCACCCCGAAGGCCGCCCCGCCCCGACCACCUACGACCAGGUGUUCAGGUCGAUUUUUGAUUACAUCGACCACAUCUUCUGCCUCGUCCGCCCGAGAAAGCUCCUCUACCUGGCCAUCGAUGGCGUCGCCCCAAGGGCGAAGAUGAACCAGCAGCGCUCCAGGCGGUUCCGGGCUGCCAAGGACGCUGCCGACGCGGCGGCCGAGGAGGAAAUGAUGAGGAUGCAGUUCGAGGCGGAGGGGAGGGCUCUGGUCCAGAAGGAGAAGUCGGAGGCCAUCGACUCCAAUGUCAUUACUCCCGGGACGCCCUUCAUGUUUGUGCUCUCCACCGCGCUUCAGUACUACAUACAGCUGAGAUUGAACCACUCCCCCGGGUGGCAGUCGGUCAAGGUAUUAUUGUCCGACUCGAAUGUUCCCGGAGAGGGGGAGCACAAGAUCAUGUCGUACAUCCGGCUGCAGCGCAAUCUUCCAGGGUUUGACCCGAAUACGCGCCACGUCUUAUAUGGCCUUGAUGCUGAUUUGAUCAUGCUUUCCUUGGCAACUCAUGAGGUCCACUUCUCGAUUUUAAGAGAGGUGAUCACCAUGCCAGGGCAACAUGAUAAAUGCUUUCUGUGUGGUCAAGCUGGGCAUUUGGCUGCCGAAUGCAGAGGUCCCGGUCCCUCUGAUAACGUCGUGGAGCUCCCUCCAAUUCAUAAAAAGAAGUACCAGUUUCUUAACAUCUGGGUGCUGAGGGAAUACCUGGAGAAGGAUUUGGAAAUUGCAGACCCUCCCUUCAAGAUAAACUUUGAACGCAUCAUUGAUGAUUUUGUGUUCAUCUGUUUCUUUGUUGGGAAUGACUUCUUGCCUCACAUGCCGACUCUGGAAAUUCGUGAGGGUGCAAUUAAUCUUCUGAUGAGUAUUUAUAGAGCGGAGUUCAAACCAAUGGGCGGUUACCUCACUGAUGGGGGCGAGGUUUUAUUGGAACGAGUGGAGCAUUUCAUUCAGGCUGUUGCUGUCAACGAAGAUCAAAUUUUCCGGAAGCGUACACGUAUUCAGAAGGCGUACGAGAACAAUGAGGAUAGACGUAGAGCGCAGGGAGAGAUCUCUGAGGAUAAUAAAUAUGUGGACAUGGUAAAACUAGGAGAGCCAGGAUUCAAGGAAAGGUACUAUGCCGAGAAGUUUAAAGAAGAGGCAGAAUCAAAACCUAUUGAUCAAGUCCAGAGAGAUGUUGUUCAGAAAUAUGUGGAAGGUCUUUGCUGGGUUAUGAGAUACUACUAUCAGGGUGUUUGUUCAUGGCAGUGGUUCUAUCCAUACCAUUAUGCGCCUUUUGCAUCUGACCUGAAAGGCUUGACUGAGUUUGAGAUAACCUUUUUCCUGGGUCAACCUUUCAAGCCGUUUGAUCAACUAAUGGGAACACUGCCUGCUGCUAGCUCGAAUGCAUUGCCAAAACACUACGGGGAUUUGAUGACUGAUCCAAAUUCACCCUUGAAGUAUUUCUACCCCAAAGAUUUUGAGAUAGACAUGAACGGGAAACGUUUUGCGUGGCAGGGUAUUGCAAAAUUGCCUUUUAUUGAUGAAACAAGGCUGCUUGCGGAGACACAUAAACUUGAAGAGUCAUUAACAGAAGAAGAGAGAUUCAGGAAUACAACAAUGUUUGACAUAAUUUAUGUGCGGGAAACUCAUCCAUUGGCUGCUCAGAUUGCCUUCCUGUAUCAGAUGUACUCUCAGCAUUCAAUAACAGAUCCUUCCUAUGUCAUACCUAUUGACCCUGCUGCUAGUGGUGGAAUGAAUGGAUUUCUUUGUUUAUCUCAAAGAAAUUGGUACAGCAUCUCUGUAGGAUCUCCAGUUAAGGGGUUCAAUGCCAUCACCCAGAACAGAGUUUUGAAUGGUACUUAUAUUAAUCCUCAGUAUCACAAACACAUCGCGGAGCCUCCAGAGGGUGUCAUUAUACCUCCAAAGAUAUUGAAACCAUAUGAUUUCAAACCUUUCCCCGUGCUGUGGCAUGAAGAUAAUAGUCGUCGACAGACAAGAGACAGGCCUCAGGUGCAUGGAGCUCUGACAGGUUCUGUCUUAGGAGAGGCUGCACAUCGUCUAUUGAAAAAUUCCCUUCAGAUCAAAUCUGGCAGCUCUGCUGGGCUGCUUGAGAUGCCAUAUAGGGGUGCACCAUAUGGCCCUAGAAAUGGACCAAGGCCCUUUGGACCUUUGGGAUAUGAGAGGGGUUUUGUGGAUAAUCCAUACCACGCACACAUGUCCAGAAGCGCUCCAAAUCCCCGGCCUCAGUUCUUUGGUGAAGCUCAAGCCAACAGACAGAAUGUGCGGUUACUAGAACGGCCAAACACUCGAAUUCAGGAUGGUGGCAUCAAUGCAGGGAUGUCAAACCUGACAAUCCAAGACGGGCCAAGGAUGCAUCAAAAUAACAGGAUGCAGAAUCCAGGAUAUAUUCCAAAUCAGCCAUAUCCGAACCAGUACGCAGGGUUCCCACCUCAGAGGCCUAUGCAGAACACCAAUUUUGCACGACCUGCCCGAAAUGCGGGAUUCCCACAGCAGCGACCUGUUCAGAAUGCAGGAUUCCCGCAGCCGCGACCUGUUCAAAGUGCAGGAUUCCCACAGCAGCGGCCUGUCCGGAAUGCAGGAUUCAUGCACCAGCAACCUGUAAACGGGGUUCCUCCACCAUUACCUCCCAGUACUUGGAUUGGCAAGCAAACAAGCGGAGGAGGCCAGAAGGGUAUACCUGCCAAGCAGGAUCCAAGGACGAAUAGACAGCCUAAGCAGGAUAACCCAAGAUCACAGCAGGAGAGCAGACAGCAGGCUGCUAAGCCAGUGUACCGUGUCAGAAGCCAAGCUCCUAAUGGCUUGCCAGAGGGUUUCCCGGAUCGACCCCAGCGCCGCCUAGGCUUUCCGCCGGCGCCGCCCGCGUCCAUGGCCGCCGCCGCGGCGGCGCAGGAGGCGCCGGGCGCCGCGGCCAUCAGGGACGGCUUCGCGGAGCUGGAGCGGCAGCAGGAGCUGCUCGCCACCUGCACGCGCCUCUACCAGCAGCUCACCGACCACUUCGGCUCCCUCGACCGCGCCAUCGACUCCCGCGCCGACUCGCUCCGCGCCAGCCGCCGCCUCGUCCACCUCCGCGCCUCCCGCCGCCUCGACGCGCUCCGCCGCCGCGAGCUCUCCCUCGACGCCUCCGUCUCCCUCGCCCUCUCCCGCCUCGACUCCCUCGCCACCAAGCGCCACCGCUCCCCCUCCCCCUCCCCCUCCCCCUCCUCCUCCAUCCCCGACCGCCUCGCCGCCCUCUGCGCCGCCAUGGACUCCGCGGGCUUCCUCGCCUUCGUGGUCGAGCGCCGCAAGGAGGUGGACGCGCUCCGCACCGCCCUCCCCGCCGCGCUCAAGCGCUGCGUCGACCCGGCCGGCUUCGUCAUGGACGCGGUAUCCGAGGUCUUCCCCGUCGACCGCCGCGCCGUGCGCUCCCCGGCCGACCUGGCCUGGGCCUGCGUCCUCAUACUGGAGGCCGUCGUGCCGGCGCUGGCCGACCCGGACCCGGAGAUCGGCGCCGCGCGGCCGAUGGUGCCCAGGGCCGCCCGCGAGCGGGCGCGCGCCAUGGCGGCCCAGUGGAAGGAGGCCGCCGAGCGCAAGGGCGGCGUGGAGGGCGCCAAGCCGCCCGACGCGCACGCCUUCCUGCAGCACGUCGCCACCUUCGCCGUCGCGGAGAAGGCGGACAGGGACCUGUACAGGAGGAUCGUGCUCAGCUUCUCCUGGCGCAGGCAGAUGCCGCGCCUCGCCCUCACGCUUGGCCUCGAGGAUGACAUGGAAGAUAUCAUUGAAGAACUUGUGACGAAGGGCCAACAACUUGAUGCUGUGAACUUCGCAUAUGAGGCUGGACUUCUGGAAAAAUUCUCCCCAGUCCCUCUUUUGAAAUCCUACCUGGAGGAUUCUAAGAAGAUACCUUGUACUUCAGAUAACCUGAGCACCAGCAGUGGCCAAUCUGGGGUCAAUGCAAAUAAGAAGGAGCAAUCUGCGCUUCGGGCAGUUAUAAAGUGUGUCGAGGACCACAAACUCGAAGCUGAGUUCCCGUUGGAGGAUCUUCGGACACGGCUGGAAGAAUUGGAGAAGGCCAAGACAGAGAAGAAAAAGGCAGUGUCAAGUUGUUCCAGCGGUGGUAGCUCUGGUCCAGCAAGCAAGCGCAUACGAGCAAGCAAUGGAGGAACAAUGCCCCCUGCUAGUGCACCAUCUUCUCCUGCCGCCACCACCACCACCACCGCAUUCAUUGGCUCUCCAUCUUCCCAUGCCUCCUACGGUACCGGAUCUCCUUACUCUUAUGAUAGGCAAGCUGGACAAACCCUCUACUGUAGCCAGAGCUCACUGGCAAUGGCAUACCCACCUGUGGUGCCUAAUGUCGGCAUUGCAGUGUCAUACCCACCCCCUCCAAUGACCUACCCUGUCUAUGCUGGAUACAACAGUGGCUUGGGAGCCUAUGGCAAUUCAAUGGCUCCACCUUUUCACCAGGCGUAUUACCGGUAGGAUCAGUCGAAAAUGACCAAAUGACAAGAGACGAUGAUGCUGGCUCGUCACCGUUGCCCUGUUUUGUAGCGACUGACUACAACGGUAGGUUGCGUUUGUCUUUAAUACAUCACUAGUAGAUGCUGUUACUUCGUUCUGUCUGGUUAUUAGCAGUCAUGUCUACUUCUGCACUGAAAAACUGAAUGUAAAGUUUGGAGGCCGUGUAUGUAGACCUUCGGAUCUUGUGUUGUAAUUCAGUUGAAUGUAUUAAGAAAAAAUAUCAUGUAAGCCUCAAGCAUUGACCAUUAAUAUUGUAUGUCAGCUAUAGUUGUGA